AUGCCUACAACUCGGGGCCAAUCGAUGUGUCCAUCAUCGUCAAAACAUGGGUUUUCUAGCAUAAGAGUGGAAGGCGACGAUGAAGAUCAAUGGCAAAGUAUCGAGGAAUUGCAGGCUUUGGUCGAAAAAUACGAACAGAAGGUCGACAAUCUGCGCCAAGCUACUAUCAAUGAUGAGGCGGCUUUGCAAAAACGUUUGCAAGAAAUUCGUCUUGAGGCAUCCAAGUUUGCCGCAAUUAUUGCAAAACGUGAUACUGCUGAAAAGGACGACGAGACGAGUUUCUUAAAGCAUACUGCAAAAAAGACUUGCCUCGAUUUUCUGCGCACCGACAAGCACAUUGAAAGGAACAAUCCAACAUCUUUGGCACGAAAAAUAGUUGUAGAGCUGAUUGAUUUAGUCGCUAGUUUCGCAUGUAACGCAGAAAAACUCCCUAAAGACAUCGAUGAUGUAGUAUUCCAAGCGUUCGAACUUCGUCUAAAGGACUUUGGCAAGUCAUUGAACAUUCAAACUAGGAAACGAUUGGAGGACAUUGGAUUUGAUGCAGAUGUCAUCGAAGGCUUACUGGUGCAAAUGGCGAAAACAAGUGGCGUUAAGAUUGAUGGAGCCAGGGCAGAAAUACGUCAUGCAGCAGGAAAGUGGCAAAGUGAAUUAACGACAGGAGAUUUACCAGAAAUCGACGACAUGCUUUCAAAUGAUGAAGCUGCGAUGGAAAAUGAUGUGCAACUAGAUACCGAAGACGAUGAAAUAUGGAUGAUGUCAGAUGACGAUGAUGAUGAAUUUUCGAUGGACGAAGACGAGAUGGAAAAACUUGGU